GAAUCUCAAAGCGCACAGUAUUUUUUCGCGGCCAAAUUUGAAGCACAAUUGCCUGUUGACUAGGCUACGUGGUGAGUGUUUGAUUAUUUGUUUGAUUAUUUAGCCUACGUUAUUAUAAUGUCAUUUAUUGGUAGGUGUUGUUGCUUAAGUUAUAAUGAUGUUGACCCAGUUUGAUUAUUCAUUUAGAUUCAACGAGUGAGAUUAUUCUGUUGAUAAUUAUUUGCAUUUAGGCUACGUAUAGGGUAGGCUACUUAGCCUUCGCUCCUUGAGUUUAGUCGACUACACUACCGUAGACCUGUACCUUGGGGAAAUAUUUCAUUUGGCAGGUGUUCUAACUUUCAUUGGGUUGUAAUCUAUUGUAGCCUACAUCGAAUCUAUCUGCCCCAGUUUUGCAAAUGUCUUAUGAUUCAAUAUUUGUUUUGCUUCUUUCCAAAGAUGACUUCAUGCAUUGAGGAUAAGUGGUGCCAAGCGCUCACUAAGAUUAUAGAGGAACUGGAUGAGGAUCAAUAUAAAAAGAUGUGUCACCUUUUGAAUAAAAUUCCAAAUGGUGUAAAGAGUGACAUUAAGCCAGUAGACAUGCCUAAAACCAUCAUCAGUCACUUGGGAAUGAAUAAGUCUAUCCUUGAAAUGGGAAGAGUGAUGGGGAAGAUCCCAAGAAAUGACUCAGCUAUUCAGGACCUUCUGCGUCCCUUUGUUCAGAACCUGCUUAAUGGGAAACAACAGAAAGAGAAAAAAGGUAGGCCUACCAUAAACAUACAUAAUUGGAAUGUACAGUAUUACAAUUUCACAGAAAGUGUAGUGUAAAUUAUCAGGUCCCAUCCCAUCUCACUUCCCAUGGUCAGCUAAAAUUGUUGAGCGCAACAUAGUGGUAAUGCACUUCGCAGUGGGCAAAACCUGGUUGAAAAGACGUCAGUAUGACGUCUUUUUAUUACUUCAUAUUCUGGUCGCAAAAAAGUUUUUUACAUCUUUUUUUUACUGACCAGAAUAUGUCGUCUUUUUCAGACCACUAUAAAACCAUUUGGUCAUAAUUGUGACCUCAAUCUGACCAGCUUGUCAUAAUUCUGACCAAUGUAUUAUGUGCUAUAUUAUGUAGCCUACUGGUCAUUAAGACCUCAUCAUAACCUGAUAAUGACCACCUGACUACAGUUUAUUACCUACUGUAAAAAGCAGAGUAGGAUAUUGAAAACAUUGUUAGUUAAAUGUCUAAUUGUUUCCAUAGUCACCGAUUAAAGUUUAAAUCUGCAACAAAUUAUUUCAUUUAAAAUUGAUCAAGCAAUGGCAAAAGCAAAUCUACGUCACAAUUUUUUGCACAUCUGCAUACAGCAAUUGUUUCAUAAUUCACCCAAAGACAUUACAUGCAUAGAAAGACUGGGACACAGAGUAUAUAAAGGCCCAUUGUUUUAUUUGUAUUAAUGAUUAAUAAGGGCGGUGUGAUGGGGUAGAUCUGAGCACAGAAGGCGAUCUGGAGCGUAGUGGCCCUCUUGAAGAGUGGUGUGGUGGGUCAGAUCUGCAGUUAAGAGAAUCAGCACAUUAAAAUGAUCAAUUUGAGAUUUUAAAAGAAAACUAGACAAUCCUGAAUAAACUUUGUGGACUCAGCUGGCUAAAAGUAUUUCUAUGUUACUAGUUGAAGAAGUGUGUGGCAGUUAUAACUUAGAGAUGUCUUCAAAAAAGAGCAACUUGCUCAUAUACAUACUUUACGUCCUCCUCCACCACGGCGGUCAGGGGCAUAUUUUAGGACUUUCCAGAGGGCCAGGAACACAUCAACCUCGUGAGUUUUCUGGCUUUUCAGUUAGUCAUAAGACAACAUCAAAACAGCAUUCAGUGGAACAGAAUAACAUUUGCAGCACAAUAAACAGUGCAAUUAGCUAACACAGACAGAAGAUUACUCUGUAGCUCAGCUGGUAGAGCACGGCGCUUGUAACGCCAAGGUAGUGGGUUCGAACCCCGGGACCACCCAUACACAAAAAAAAUUAUGCACGCAUGACUGUAAGUCGCUUUGGAUAAAAGCGUCUGCUAAAUGGCAUAUUAUUAUAUUAUUAUUACCAUUAGAAGCCAACACACAGCAAACUACCAGAUACCAUUAAUUAAACAACCAUUAUUUAAUUGUACUGCAUUUUAACAGCAGUGAUUUUUUUAAAGGGUAUCCUGUAUUAUUGUGCAUGUUUAUCUUACAUGCUGGUAGCCUAGAACAAAUGUUAUGGAAGUGAAUGUGCACUUUUCAAUUGGGUGGACUGCAACUACAAAAAACACUGCCAUAGCCUGUAGUAAAAGCAAAAGCAUUUAUAGCAUCGGAGAUUCUCUAAAUUACGGACCAUCUCUGAUAGCUAUAGGACCGCAGAGACUGUCACAAAUUGUAGCUUUUAAUGACCUAGCAAAUUUGAUGACUUUGAGGUGAAAUAUAUCACAUUUCUUUGUUUUUUAAAAUUGGUAUUUAUUUACCUGCAGAAUAAAAACCUCAAAUGGCCCUACUCCUGAAAAAGAUAAUUGUGUGCUAAGCUUAAUCAUGCAAACCCUGCAGAAAAAGAACAUUACAAUAAUUGUAAUAAUUGUAAUGGUUCUAGUGUCUUAUAUGCAAUGGGUGCAUGGCCCACAAACACUAUGCACAUGUUUAUAUAGAUUGGUGUAUAUUAAUUGAGUAGCAUUUAGAUAACUGGUCAGUUGUUCAAUCAGAUUUCAAUCAAAAACCAGAUAUCAAUCAAAGACGUGUUUUUCAUGAUGUCAACAAGACGUCAUGAAAAAUACGUCUUAAUCUGGUUGUGAUCCGGUUAUAAGACGUCCCGACCAGAUUUCAACAAGUAAAAAGACGUCGUUAUCAUGUCAUAUGCCCACUGGGUUGUUAAUUGUUAAUGUGUUUGUUUUUUCCCUGUAGGACGGCAAAAGAACCGCAAAAUUGAUUCGGAGUCUGAGGAAACACCUGCAGCCACUGGUUUUAAUUAAUUUUAUUCGAGAUAGUGUUUUUGACUACAUUAAUUUUCUCCAUUGGUCCAGUGUCCAUUCAAAUUAGUAGCAUCUUUCAGGGUGUGUGAAUGAUGAGAUCACUUGAACUGUUGGUAUAGGCAAUUAAUUUAAAGCGGAUUUUCACUGCUCUAGUCUAGUGGUAAAUUGCUGUUGUGCAUAGGACAUUGAGAUGAAAGAAAAACUAUAUUCAUAAAAACAACAAUACAAUUAUUAUUUUAUUGAAAAUACACUUCUUUUUCAGGACAGAAGAGGAAAUAUGUGAGCGAUUCAGAGGACGAGGAGUCAGAAAAAGGUUCUGAAGAAUAUGUUUUCAAGUUUCAGUCAAUCAAUUUACCUUAUAGAUUAAAAUAAAAUAUAAUUAUAAGGGCCAUGCAUAUUCUACAUAGACGUUCACUUGACAAGUUCUAUGAACAAUGAUAGUUUUAUUUUUGUCAUGCCAAUUUUGAGCAGAAUUCAUUGUGACUCAUUUGUUUUUAAGGUCCAGAGAACAAGGUGCAAGGGGAAAAUAACAAGGUAUGGGCACAUUUUGCAAACCAUUUACAAGCUGAAGUUAGCCUAGUUGGUUGCCUUGUCUGUUUAUGCAAUGAAAAAAGAGAAACUGACAGACAAUCAGACAAGUGGCCUCAGCAAUACAGAUAAUUUGAACUUGUAUAGGGGAGGAUGGUUUGACUAAACCCCCCAUAUAAUUAGAAUAACAUUUAUGUAUGUUCUACCCAUUAUGUUUAUAUGACAGAACCACACAUAUUUUUACUUUCUCAGGGUAAUCCUCCCCCCUCUUCCAAGCGCAAAUCCAACUCCUGGGUAAGUGUGGCUGCAUUUACAAAGGCAACCCAAUUCUGAUAUUUUUUUCACUUGUUGUUUUUUUGACCAAUCAGAUCAACUCAAAAUAUCAGAAUUGGGCUGCCUGUGUAAACUCAGCCUAUCCUUUUCUGAAACCUGAAGACUCAUUAGGUCCCAGAGUUUGAGUCACACAGACGCCCACAGUCCAGGGUGAAAUACCUGAUCGGUCACAUAGAGUCAAUUGGAUAUUGUAUGUGGUUAGACAUUGUGUGACAGAUCCUCUUUUACACUGUGUUUGUCAGAUGCUAACCAUCGCAGAUCUGAAAAACUUGGGAGGACUUGGCGAUAAAGCGAUAAAAGGAAAAAUUGUAAAAAAAUCUGAUCUGAUAUAUUAUGACACAAAGGCAAAGAAAAAACAAAGUCUUUUCCAUAUGAGUCUGACUGAUGACACAGCCAGUAUCAAAGUCACUGUAUAUGGGAAGGAGAGAUAUGACUUAUUCCAAGAGGGAAGCUUUUACCUGUUGAAAGCCCUCAUUGUGGAAGGGGAUAUAGUGAAGGUCACACAAAAAAGCAAAGUGUCCAAAACAAGCCCAUUAGAAGUUCCUCAGAGGCUGGAAAUGGAGGCAAGGAUGCUCAUUGAACCGGCCCACCAUCCAUUCUGCUCCAUCGCUGAUGCCAAGGCCUCUCACCCAGGCAUCCAGAUGAGCAUUGAUGGAACUGUUAUUGAUGUGAGUCAUACAGUACAUAUUUAAAUUACCUUUAAAUAACCCUUUGCUAAUUGUUUUUAGUUAACUGCACCCUCUCUUUGCUCAGAUGACACUUUUGAGUAAAGUAAAAGUGAAACGGGAGAGGACCAGAAAGUUGGUUGAGCGCCGCAGCCUGACCUUGCAGGAUGAGACUGGUUCUAUUGAGGUCUGUCUCUGGAGGGAGCAGGCCUGCAACUGCAAUGUAUUGGUUGGAGAUACCGUAAGGGUGACCAAUGUGUACCCCAGUGAGUACUUGGACAGUAUUUCUCUCAACUCAACUGGAAGAACCAGGAUUUAUAAGGUGGGUCCUGUUACUAAGGGCUGGGUGGUCUGCCAUUGCCUCUGCUUUUCAAAUAGGUGAUCAACUCUUUAUUGCAGGCUAGUGAUGAUAUUAAUAUAUGGUCUCUCUCGCGCUCUCUGUGGUGUAAAUUAGGUCCAGCCUGCUACUUUGGAGACUGUGAGGCUGUCUAUUGAAGCAAUUGAAAAGUGCACUAAGAUGGAGGUGACCCUGGAAGCAGAGACGGAUGGAAAGCUGAGAACCUUCAUUGUGGCAUCGGAGAUCCUGGUACAGACCUAUGGCAUUAAACUUCAGGGAGACUUUGAAAAGAGGCUUCUUAAGAUAAUGCCGCUUUCUGCAGAGGCAAAAAUACAAGGCAAUAGAAUUACAUCUCUCACAAAGAUUUAAAUCCAUCCUAAUGAUAAAAGGUUUUGUGGAUUAAGUUUGAUUACUGGCAACUUCGGCCACAAAACCAAUGACUUGAAAAGUCACACACUUGUGCUAAAAUAUAAUUUUUAAAUGUAUUGAUUUGUAUUUUUACCUGAACUUUUUCAUUUUGUAAUGAACUGAGCUGAAGUGGUACACCACAAACAAGAUAUCAUUGAACCCAAGAUUUGCUGAAGACUUUCCAUUUCUGUCUGAUUUUGGUUUAAUUCUGCAUGUAAAACCAUUUGUAUUUCACCAGUGGUAAGAGGGGAUAAGGGGGUUCUAUCUUUAAACUAUUAUACACAUCAUGUAAUUCAGCUAAAAAAAAUAGCUUUUAGUAGAUGCUGAAAGAGACCUGGCUGAUGACUGUAUUAUAAAUACUGUACAUAGGGCUCUAUUUCAAUCUGUAUGCGCAAUAGAAAUGUAAUGGUAAUUUCCGAUUGAGCUGACAUAUGCAGAGUUUACCGUAAAUGCAGUCUCCUCCAACGCGGGAACAUUGCCUUUAAAU